AUGUACAGCUUCAUGGGUGGCGGCCUCUUCUGUGCCUGGGUUGGGACCAUCCUCCUGGUGGUUGCCACGGCGACAGACCACUGGAUGCAGUACCGGCUGUCGGGGUCCUUUGCCCAUCAAGGCCUGUGGCGGUACUGCCUGGGCAACAAGUGCUUCCUGCAGACGGAAAGCAUCGCAUACUGGAAUGCCACCCGGGCCUUCAUGAUCCUGUCUGCCCUGUGUGCCACCUCGGGCAUCAUCAUGGGUGUCCUAGCCUUUGCUCAGCAGUCUACCUUCACCCGCCUCUCCAGACCCUUCUCCGCUGGUAUCAUGUUUUUCGCCUCCACCCUGUUUGUCCUGCUGGCCUUGGCCAUUUACACUGGAGUCACGGUCAGCUUCCUCGGCCGCCGCUUUGGGGACUGGCGCUUCUCCUGGUCGUACAUCCUGGGCUGGGUGGCCCUGCUCAUGACCUUCUUUGCAGGCAUUUUCUACAUGUGUGCCUACCGGAUGCAUGAGUGCCGGCGCCUGUCAACCCCACGCUGA